UUGAUUUUUGGCUUUUCAUUUUUUUUCUUCUUCUUUUUUCCAUCAUCCAUCUCAUAUUGCUACAACUGUUGCUGCAGGGAAUGGACGGUGAGGAUUUAGCUCAUGGAUCAUCCAACGGUGGUAACAACAAGCCAGAGGAUUCAGCGAAGUCAUUCCCCUGUUUAUACUGUUCUAGAAAGUUCCACAGCUCGCAGGCUUUGGGAGGACACCAAAACGCCCAUAAGAAGGAGCGCAGUGCUGCAAGGAAGAACAAACGUGUUUCCGAUUUUGCCCUAAUUCCACCGCCAUUGCUGUUCUCGCCCAACUAUCCUAUCGGUAUUUUCAGCCCCGCCGCUUAUAUUACCCCUCACGCCGCCAGUCUCUGCCACUUUCAGGCCGGCGCCGGCGGCCACCAUAUGGCCGGAUCCAACGGUGGCGCGGCGAGGUUCGAGAAUGGUUUGAUGAUGCAGCGAGGGAGGUACCUGAACGAGGCGUACAGGAAUAGCAAUGGAACUGCUGUUGCAGACGAGAGCUUCGGUCAUCGGACGGCGGCGACGGCGGCUUAUUCCCGGCAAGGUGGAGCGAACGGCGGCGAUUUGGAGAGGCAGAAAGAUCAGGCGCUGGAUUUGUCACUUCAUUUGUGAGGAGUUACGAAUUACGAAUUGAAAUUCAAAUAUUGAAUAGAUAACAUAGAUAGAUACAUUGUUGCUCCUAUACAUACAGUUUUGUACGGUUUGUAGACUGCACGCAGUGCCUUUGCUUCCACUGCCACAAUAAAAAUUUUGAGACCUCGGAUUUUAUUUUAUUUUGUUUUAUUGUAUUAUUAUUAUUAUUUAAAUUCAUUGC